UAAUUCAAUACGAUGAAAAUGCGAUACAUCCGUCUACUAGUUCAAAUAAUGAAGCAACUGGUAAUGCAAAUCAAACCGAUGGAAAUGCGAUACAACCAUCCACUAGUUCGAAUGAUACAAAUAAUCAGGAAAUUGCACAGUUAAUACUUAAUACAACUGAAAAUGUAAACGUGGAUAGGCAUCGUGAAGGUAAUCAAAAUGAUUCUGAAAUGAGUAUACAUCCAAAAGACGUUACAGCCGACGAACAAGACGAAUUUGCAAAUGAAGGCAUUCAUUUAUCCACCAGAUCGAGUAAUAGUUCCGAGGAAAUGAUACAAAUACCAAUUAAAACCAUUGAUGAAUCAUGGAAUUUCUUUAUAACAUACUUUUUAAACACCGGACUUUUGUGGGUACUUCAACCACACACACGUGACCUAGUUGGAUUUGAGAAAU